AUAAAUACCAGGUCACCUUCUCCCUUCCUCUUACACUCUUCCUCAGCAGAGUACCUCAACUUUGCUUUUAUCUCAGUACUUCAUCUGGAUUCUAUACUAAAUAUCACUACGUGUAGUUACUUAGUGUUAACUUGACCCGGCUGCACAAACCAUGGAAUCAGGCUCCUACAACAUUCACUGGAGACCAUACUUAGACUCGUCAGAGUCAGAUUCAGAUGUGUCUGAUGGCUAUCUACAAGCAGACAAAUCUGGCUCAAUCACCAAGGGACAACCGGAGAAGAAGUGGACUGUUUUAAACGCAGAGGGCAAUUCCAAAUCCAUCUUGCUUUUGGAGGAUCGUCUUGUCAGUGUUGUUAAAGACUCUUCUAUCCAACGUGAUACAAAUCCCUUUCAUCCUGAUGGGGGUCAGGGUAUAACGCUAUGGAAAAUGGAACCCCUUGACGCAAAUCUGGGCCUCUACCAGAUCAGAUCAUUUGAUAAACCUGAUCAGUAUUGGGAAAUGGACGGUGAAAACUUGAAGCUGAGCAAGCUGCCAGACCUUCAGAAAUAUGAAGGAGAGAACCCCUGGAAUCGCAAACGGUUCCUCUUUACUUUUCACGCUACCGCGUAGGAUUAAGAAGCACCCCUGAUUUGUGGGCUCAUGCAGCAAUUAUUUGAAUCAAUAGGGUCGCUAAUAUGAGGCGGAGAUGCUUGGUGGUAUAGUUCAAGAACGGGGAUAUGCUGCCUGUAUCUUAACAGGCGUUCUUCAUAGGAGGGCUUAUAAUUAGAAAACAAGUAAACAAUCAUAACUAUCAUCUGUCCUCUAGA